AUGAGCAUUGCCAUAAAUUGGCCUAUCGGACCCUUCACUCUCCCACCAGAGCUGCUGGCGCUCGAAGCUACUGAUGAGCACAUUUUCUCUCGCUACGAUGACGGAUCGAGCGAGCGACGUAUUUUCUGCAAUGUGCCACUGCUUGAGAAUGAGUUGGACCAGCUGGAGGAGCUAACUGAGCACCUCUGCCGUCUAGGUAUCGCAUUGAGGAGGCGGAUGGAGUCCAAGAGGCUGAGAUACCUGCACGCUGCAGCUGGAAGUGUGAGGAAAGUGGCAAACAUGAUGAUGGAAACAGAAAGCUGGAGAAAGUCGUUCUUCAGCAAGCCGAUCGAUGACAGAGAGAUCUUCAAUGACCUCAAUUUGGCAAGUCCUUUUGGUUUUGUCUACAUUUCGGGACGAGACAAGCUCUUGCGGCCGUGCCUUGUGGUACGAGUGACGGAGAUGCUGAGACAUGCUGUGGACCAGAAUACUUCCCUACGGUGUGUGUGCUUCCUCAUGGAGUUCAUCAUACGGUAUAUGCUUCUCCCGGGGAAGUGUGAAAGUACCGUCACCCUCUUGGACUUGGGAAAUAUUGGCCUCAUGCAGUUCUUGCCGGCGGUGUCGCGGACGCGAGCCAUAUUCGGGGUCUUAGCUGAGCACUAUGUGGGACGGUCUGCUCUUACGUUUGUGACGAGCGCACCGUCUGCCCUCGAGAAGUUGAUCAGCGGCCUAGUGCCCGAAGAAAAGCGACGGAAAAUCGUCUAUGUGAAGGACGUCGAUGACAUUGCUAAGUAA